CAGAGGUGAGUUGUACAGACGGUGGGCAAACAUGUUAACCUAUUCUACUUUGAUUUUUAUCGUAUCACGGACAGUUUUAAAACAAAGCAUGUAACUUUUUAUUAAUUCACCCGUCAACGCGUAAAAGUUUUAACCUUUUGAAGAAAACUGCAGACAUGUGGGACACAAGUUUCAACACCAAAAUGAGAUGGACUGCACGUGAGUAUAUUCUGUGGAAAAGCUAAUAUUCACAAAGCCUCGCCUCUUGAAGUAAAGUGUACAUUUGACAAAUACAGAGAAUUGCUUAGAUUAACAAAAUAUUUUUUCAUAUAAUGAUGGUCACUUACUGCAGAACAAAAUGUUCAAGACUUGUUUGAUAUUGGGACUAUAAACAUUCAACAGGAUAUCGUAACUGAUUUAUUCUACCCUGCAAUUACCAUUAACCCUUAAGUCAUAGUAUCCUGUACCUUUUACAGCUUGAAACGGAACAUCUCAGUUCACACUUUCUGUUACUUUUAGGUAGAACCCUGAGGCCAAAAGCUCAAGGACGAGGAGAAAUUGUUUUCAAAGUCUGAAAUCCGAGACCAGCAGCAGAAGAAUUGACAACUAGAAGUUGACAAAGAAAGACUGAUGUCUGUUGAUAGCACUGGAUGUAGGAAGACAUUGAAAAAAAUGUAUUUUAUUUAUUGGGAGUCGCCUACUGCAUAGCUUGUUAUCUUGAAAACUUUCUAAAAGCAUUUCUCAGUAUUGACUAUUUCUACAUCAAAUAAAAUGAACUGGUGAAAUAUUUUUUUUCAGAAAUGACAGUCCCAAUCACUGAAGAGACUGCACAUUACGAUGACAAUGCCAAGUAACACUUCAUGUUGACUGUCUUCUGUGUCAAACAAGUAAAUCAGAAGCCCCAGGACAGUUUCUGAUGAGGUCACGUGGCAGUACUUAUCCCCAUCCGGUAACCACAGUGACGAGGACGAAAUUUCCUCACAGAUGUGCAGUUUUGAGGAAAUGCAAUAUAAGCUCUCGCUCAACUUAUUAUGCGGCUCAUCCUUGCGAUUAUUUCAUUGAGAUCGUCUGCUUCAGAGGGGACAGCAAACUCGAGUAUUCGUGAGGGAUUUCUGAAAAAAACUGUGAACGUUAGAGUGACAUCAGGCAUCACAAGCAUCGUUACUUGAGACGAGUGAGGCUCGGGAGAGCUGAAGAAGAUUUCUAAAAAUAAAUUAACCUCGCAGGAGGAAAGGGUGAGACAAAAAACUCAGUUGUGUCUAAAAGGAGCGAAGAGAGAUAAACAUGUCUGACGAUGAAUUGAACUUCUUUUUUAGAAAAAACACAGUGGCAGCGACAACAACAAAGACACGAACGACCAUGAGCAAUAUACUCGGCAGUAAUAAACAAACAAGCCCAAUGUCCAGGAUAAACAUGAAGACUACCAAGCGAGCAACAACGACUCCUGUAACAACACGUGCGUCUACUACAACUACCAACACACCUUGUGACGGGAUCUCAGGACAGCACAGUUCUUAUCUAAAGGACAACCUCGACAUCGUGCGACAGAAGUGCAGCGAGUUUCACGCCUGUACCGUGGAGCUGUAUAAGUCUGAGAACCUUCACCGCAUCCUGGCCGGCGACAACAUUCAGCUCCGUAACAUCUGUGGUCUGUUGUACCAAAACGCCAACGGCAGAUACAGGGUUCUGGACAACCAGUGCUCCACUCAGGCGAGAGAAUCCAUCAAGGAAAUACUGGGUGAUGUGGAGUUAUCCCACCUUCUAGAAGGAAGCAGCUCUGGAGAGGACAGCUGGGGGAAACUCAAAACCUGUUUAGACAGCACCCCAGAUGACAGCUCAUACCUCUAUAAACUGUGCAGGUUAAAGGGAAACUCUACAGCUCCACUGUGCAACUCAACUGAUGUACAGGUGACGACGGAGAAGUUUUUCAACACCAACUUGAGACAAUACCACUGUACCUGUAACACCUUUACUGAACAGUCAGCCAAGUCCUUGCCUCUAGUACCGCUGGUUGCCGGGGUCUGCGUCUGGGCGCUGGUGUUGCUGCUCAUCUUCAUCAUUUUCUUCCUCGGCGUGCGACUGCGCAAACUCAGAGAAACAGCAGACAUGUGGACACAAGUUUCAACACCAGAAUCAGACGGACUGCACCUGAGUAUAUUCUGUGAAAAGCUAAUAUUCACAAAGCUUCACCUCUUGAAGUUGAACCCAGAGGCCAAAAGCUCAAGGACGAGGAGAACUCAUUGUUUUCAAAGUCUGAAAUCCGAGACCAGCAGCAAAAACAUUGUCAACUAAAAGUUGACAAAGGAAGACUGAUCUUUGUUGAUAGCACUGGAUGUAGGAAGACAUUGAAAAAAUGGACUUUAUUUAUUUGAAUUCUACAAAGCUUAUUUCUUUAAAACUUUCUAAAACUUUCUAAAAGUUAUUAUUAUUAAAAUUAUCGUCAUUAUUAUUGUACUUAUUACAGACAUAGUAAAUGGUAUCUACAAUACACUCAAAAGUGAUUUUAUGUGUGAGAUAGAGAUUUAUACCAAUUUAGAGAUGCUGCCAGUUUAUUUCAUAUUCAUCACAUAUUUCAUUUUUACUCAUAAACACCGUCAUUAAAAUAACAAAUUAAUCAACAAAAUGAAUUUCAGUAUGUAAUUUCGUUUUAAAGUAAUUUGCACGCACUGACCAGACCACAGUGUAGACGCACUAGAGUCAGGACAUGCUUGUCCUUAGAAAGCAAAAAUUUGUGUUCCUGCUCACAGACUAUGUCAACAUGUAAGUACAGACUAUGCCAACAUGUAAGUACAGACUAUGUCAACAUGUAAGUACAGACUAUGUCAACAUGUAAGUACAGACUAUGCCAACAUGUAAGUACAGACUAUGCCAACAUGUAAGUACAGACUAUGCCAACAUGUAAGUACAGACUAUGCUUUGGAAAUUGUUUGCAGAGGAUGUUUAGGAUUUUCUCUGAUUCCUCCUUGCAGUGUAAUAGUCAGAGGAGAAAUGGAUGCAAAUCAUCUGGAUUUUUUAUGGAUAACUGUUACUUGCUUCUUAUUAUCUCUUUUAGAGGAUACGCUUGCCUUUUUUGUUUUUUAUUUUUAUUUGUUUGUUUGUUUAUUUAUUGGAAACGUUGUCCGUCGUGCGUACUCCAAGUCUUCUGCCCACUGCUUUGAAAUCGUUUCAAGUGAACAUUUAGUCCAUGGGUUCUCAAUAAUAAAUGGUUCAGUAAGCAUGCGUGAGAUGUCUGACUUCAGGCUGGGAUCCAGUUUAUUAAGAGUAGCGGGGAGGGCGGUAACAACUGAAAUAGGAACAAAUUGGGUUUUUUUUCCACUUUUCUUAACUUAUAGUGGUCACGUGAAAUGAUUUUCCAGUAACUGUAAGAGCUUUCGACCUUUGACAGAUGCAUAUGUCACAAUCUGACAUAAAAAGAUAUUCUAUUCGCAUUUCUCAUCCAGGGUUGACUGUUUGUCUCUUCAUAGCAUCCACUUUCCUUUUAUUCACUGAUGGAUGUUUUUAUUUAUGUGCAUUCACAUACUAGCUACACCACCAGGCGAAAACACCUUUCUGUAGACUGACCUUUGACUUUCAGCCACUCGAACAUGAUGUCAACGACUAUCCGUGUGAUAGAAAUGAUUGGUCGUUUUAACUACCCGUCUGCCCCUUAGUGCAAUUAGUGGAGCAGCCUUAUAUGCUGAUUAAUCUGAUGAACAUGGAGUACAUGCGUAUCUGAUGUCAGUAAAGAACAAACACAAAUGAUCGACAGUAUGUGUUUAUUGU